AUGAUGAUGAGAUGGCCCAUCUCCUCCAACUUUGCAGCGGCCAGUUUUCUGGUGAUGGUGUCACUUUUGAUACUCGCAGCAAAUGCCAUCAACUUGCCAGAUGACGCAGCAGAACUUAUAGUUGCUGAACAGGACCUAUCGACCUUUUUGGCUGAGGAAGAAUAUCUUCUGCCAUUGCAGGACGAACGAGACCUUGAAAGUGGGCAAAGCAUUGGGGAACGAUGUGGAAACAAUAGUCCCUGCCAGGAUGGGUUACAGUGUAUUCCCAUCACUGUUGGGAGCCGCUGUGUUCCUGUUGAAUGUUUGUCAGCCGAGUACAACGGCACGUUAGGUGCUCUUGAUAUGGCUGCCUACAAGGAUCUCGUCUAUGAAGAAGCCGGAAUCACGGAACAGCAAUUUGUUGAAUCCCUUCGAGACGCCGAUAAUCCAAAAUCCUUUGUUGACUCGGAUGUCUUUCGGGCAUUCUCGCGGGCUAUUCAAAACAACACUGAACCUCUGGAUGCCAUGGAAGAGCUGCACAGACUUUGCAGUGCUCCACGACAAACAGCGACUGACAUAAUCUACUUUGGAGCCAAUAUAGAAGGAGGCGUCAUUGUUGACUUCAACUUGCAAUUUCUAUUUACCAUACGAGAUGGCGUGUUAGGUAUGUUCAUUCGAACCUGCUUGGGGGCCGGACCCGAACUUGGCUUUGAUGUUUCCUUUAUUUUUGGUGUUGCGGUCGGGACGACCACCACCACAGACUUGACCUGCUUUUCAUAUUGGAUUGACGUGGACUUGGCCCUUGGCAUUGGCGGCGGUGCUGCCAUUGGAAGUGGAUUCAAUCAAAUCUUUCAGUACGAAUUCACUGCUGGUUUUGGCUUGGGAGGUGGUGGAGGAACCAGUAUUUGCAGUGGUUGGGUCAUUAUUGGAGCAGGAGGCACCUGA